GAGUCACCCAAGAAAAAGAAAAGGAAUGUGGACCAGGACAAAAAUCAGUGGCUGACCAAAAACGUGACUUCGAAGCCAGAUACGUGGAGGAGCACCAGCUCGGAGAAGGAGGCUGCGGAGCAGUGUUUGCUGGCUACCGGAUAGAAGAUCGUUUUCCAGUUGCCAUCAAACACAUUCCAAAAAAUAAAGUCUACUGCAAAGUGGCGGAUGAAAACGGGAAGAGGCUCUCUGUGGAAGUGGCCAUUAUGCUGAAACUUGCAGGUGAAGCAGAAGGGUCAGUGGGAACAUCAGCACCUGUGUCCUUGCUGGAGUGGUUCGACCUUGGCAAAGAACUGAUCCUGGUGCUGGAGAGACCUGUCCCCGCUGUGGACCUGCAAAAAUACAAAGCAGAAAAUGGAAGAACUUUACCAGAGGACAAGGCCAAGGUCAUUCUGAAGCAACUAGUUGAUGCUGCAAAGGAACUUGAGGAUAAACACAUCUUUCAUCGGGACAUCAAGGGAGAAAACAUUCUGAUUGAGACCGGCUCAGAUGUGCCUCGUGUUCGCAUCAUUGACUUUGGACUGAGCUGCUUUGUUAAGCAGCGAUCUCUGUAUCGCGUCUUCUAUGGUACUCCUCUUCACACCCCCCCCGAGUGGUACAGGAGGAGCUGCUACAGGUGUGGACCCACCACGGUGUGGCAAAUGGGAGUGGUGCUGUAUGAAGCGGUUCAUGCACGGGACUUUGAUACCGAGAGGUUCCUCAGCAAGAAACUGAGCAUCAAAAAGCGUCUGUCCACAAAAUGCCGGAAUUUCUUGGAAGCAUGCUUAACUAAAGUCCCGGAGAAGCGCCAACACUGGAGGAGCUCCAGCAUCACCCCUGGCUAAGAUAACACACACAAACACACAAAUCACACAAUUCACAUCUUAUCAUGCAAGUGUGAUACAUUGUAGUAACUUGCUUUCUGUUUUCUGUUGGACAGGAAUAGAUAGAAUGGGACAAUUAAAAACAAAAUCAAAAUUUUGCUUUCUUGGAGUUCCUGUAA